CCAAAACUCAUCGAAAGAAGUAACGUUCCAACAGCUGUUGACUGCUGUGCUGUCGUCGCGUUUUGCGAUGCGUUGCGUGCUCGAGCCGAGCACGAGAGAGACAGGAGAGUCCAUAAGGUUGGAUUUCAGUGUAACAAUCGAGGAUGGACCCGAUGUUACUGAAAAAUAAGUUUCGCGGUACGAUGCUGGGCGUUUUAGUCGGUGAUUGCCUUGGAGGCCCGUAUGAAGGCUCAAAAGUUAUGUCGGCUCGCAGAAAAGUUUCGUUGCAACGAUGGCUGGAGAAAUUAUGGAAUACAAAGUUCAGAGAACCUGUCCUGGAGUAUACGGAUGAUUCGGCAAUGACACGCUCUCUAGCUGAAUCAUUGAUCGAGAAACAAGAUCUGGAUAUUGUUGAUGUAGCUAGACGAUUUGCAGAAUGUUAUCACAAAGAGCCUUUACGGAGUCAUCGUUAUGGGGCUGGUACUGCAACCGUUAGUUUUUUUACUAAGAAAUUAAUAUAAAUUGUCACAGUGGAUAUUAUUUAAUAUUAUAUGGUUAUUAUCAUAGUAAAUUAACAUGGGGAGUGCAGUAAGAGAAAGAGAACAAG